AUGUUCCGUCUUGAUAGGCGACUCACGCAGGGCCCCUUCUACCCCGAACACCAGGACUACGGUCAGAAUCAGGCCUCUCCCACCGAGGAUGCCCUGAACUUUGAUAUGACACCACCAAUCGAUCCGAAUCUUGAGCAAGGCCUGACAACUCACCUGGGGACCGUGUCAUGGCCAGGUGUACACACCCAUCAGCUCCAGCAAUACAUGGUCGGACCGUCAACCUCUUUCUUUGCCCUCGGCCAGUUCCAGGCCAACUACGCGUAUGCCCAGCAUGAUGUGAAUCCACUUCCACCCGUCUCACAGGGCCGCCAUGGCUCUCCCUUUUCCCAGCACCACUCUUCUUCUUGCAGCGACUCACUGAGUCCACCUACCGAAAUCGAUGUUCUGCCCUCCACGCCCCCCGACAUGUCAGCGGCAUCUCCAUUCUCGCAGACCAGCAAAUUCCAGCCGUCUUGGGAUGUGCAGCAGUCGUGCCUGUACACCAUAACAGGGAUCGUCCCGACGCAAGACAAUCCCUAUGUCAACCUACUGAACGUCAACCCCUCCCAGAGUAUCUUUGAGAACGAGAAGGCCCCUGAAUACGAUGGCUCCAUGGCUCUUAGCUUCAGCAGCGCCGGGUCGCAAUCAGAGAUGGAAGUGCAAGUCAAGGACGAGAUUUUCGUUGCGCAUUCCCAGUCUCAGCCUACCUACCCCGACCCCGACUUCGAGGAGCGCGAUCAGUCCGAGCUCGAGGCAGAGGAGACGAUACUGAAACACGAGGACGAGGACAAGGAGUGGACACCCCAUUCUUCCAGGAAACGGACACGCAGUGACGCAAACAAGGCUCAGUAUGUCGCCACGCGACCUGCGCGGAAGCGUUCCAAGGCGCAUGCUCUGCCACGCGCAGUUCCGUCAAAGUCGAGCUACGAGGCGCCUCAUUCGACGAAGCAUGCAUUGUCGUGCGAGGCUUGCGCCCAGGGGCCGUUCCGAGACGAGGCGGCGCUGCAGAAGCACAUGAAAGGCAAACAUAUCCGCCCCUUUGUUUGCAUCUUCAAUUUUGCUGGCUGUUCAUCGAGUUUUCCCAGUAAAAAUGAGUGGAAGCGUCACGUUGUCACACAGCACCUGGCCCUGAGCUUUUGGCACUGCAAACAAGACGCCUGCGAGAGCUGCACCAACCCGUCCUCCCCUUCUCAACAGGCUUCCCCUGCCACCGACACCCCUUCGCUGCUGCCUCGUGGUGCCAUCUUCAACCGCAAAGACCUCUACACCCAGCAUGUGCGCCGCAUGCAUGCCCCCCCUCCCAUCGCCAAGGCUCUGCGCCUGGGAAAACCGACCCCUGAGUGGGACGAUCGCCUGCGCGAGAUGCAGACUGAAGCAGAGCGACGACGAUGCGAACUUCCGACACACAUGCACUGCCCUGCAGCCGGCUGCGACAUGGUGUUCUCGGGGGCGAAUGCCUGGGAUGAGCGCAUGGAGCACGUCGCCAAGCACCUUGAGAAGGCCUCUGAGGGCCGUGAGCCGAUGCUCUCAUUCGGGGGUGAUGAAGAUCCUACCCUCACCAAUUGGGCGGCGAGUCCCGAGGUCGGCGUCGUGCGCAAGACGGACGCUGGUGACUGGGAGCUGAUGCACCCCCUCCGAGGGCAGUCCGCCUCUGCCAGCGGUGUUGCGAAGAGAGGCGCGAAGGGUCACUCAUCAUCUAGUCCACAAGCAGCCAGGUAUGAGGAGGAGUUGGCGGAUGAUGUUGAUGCCGACGGCGAAGAAGACUGA